UCGUUGCCAUUUUUGUAGAAUUUUUAACAAAGAUGGCUCGUUUCAUCAUUUUGUUGUGUGCCAUCGCUGCAGCUUCAGCUCUCCCAGCUCAAGACCAGGUCAUCACCAGGCUGGUGCCCGAUGGCCCCCGGUUCAUGUACGCAGAAGGCGAAGAUGGUCAGAGCCAGCUGGUGGACUCCUGGAUCAAGGUCAGCGACCUCGCCAGGAUGGCUAGGUACAACCCGGAGCAGUCCAACCAGUACCAUCUGUUCACCAGGUCCAACCCCACAGUCAGCCAGCCCCUCGUCAUCGGGAACAACUUGAUCCUCCAGCAGAGCAACUUCAACCCCCAGAGAAGGACUGUGGUGCUUAUCCACGGGUUCCUUGGCUCUGCCACUGCUGGAUCCAACGCUGCUCUGGUGCCUGCUUACCUCCAAGGUGAAGAUGUGAACGUGAUCGUUUUCGACUGGAGUGCUGGUUCCCACUGGGGCCCUAACGGAUCUUUGGCAGGUCGUGCCGCUGCUCUCUUCUUCAACUGGCUGAACCAAAUGACCGGAGCCACCGCCUCCCAGUACCACAUCAUCGGCUUCAGCGUCGGAGGUCACAUGGCUGGUAUCGUCGCCAGGUUCAUGAAUGGAAACGUUGCUUAUGUUACUGCCCUGGACCCUGCCUCCAGAUGGGAGCUGGACGACCUGGUGGGCCCCAACGACUCUCUCUAUACCGAGGUCAUCCACACCAGCGCUGGAGUCAGUGGAUGGGGCGACCCUCUCGGUCACACCGACUUCUACCCCAACGGGGGCAGGGUCAUGCCUGGCUGCUUGUUGAACGUCAUCUGCGACCACCAGAGGUCCUACGAGUACAUGGCGGAGUCUGUAGCCACCGGUGGCUUCACAAACAGUAUCGAGUGCCGAAACAGAGCUGAAGCCUCCAUCGGGUCCUGCACCCUGACCAGACGCCUGCAUAUGGGAGGACGUGUACCUAAGACUGGAGCAACUGGCCUCUACUUCUUGACGACCAACAGGUCUCAGCCCUUCUCUAUUGCUUAAACAAGGAAUACCAACUAAGAAUAAACAUGGCACACUAAAAAGGAUAAUAAAACGCUUAAUUGUA